UCAUAUUUAAGGAAUUUGGUGUUAUGAGCAUAUGUCAUUCGUGUUUUGCAACCAAUAUAUGGUUGUUCAUUAUACAUCCCCAUCGAACUCAAAUGGUAUAUCCCAGAGGUAGCCAAGACCAGUGAGACAAAUCAAGCUGUGACAGCGGACAAACCGGAGUUUUAUAACAAGUAAAUAUUGUAUAGAGGCCGAAAGAGAAGCUCUACAAUGUCCUUAAAGCCACGGGUGGUGGAUUUUGACGAGACAUGGAACAAGUUACUGACGACAAUCAAGGCAGUUGUCAUGCUUGAUUACGUUGAAAGAGCCACAUGGAAUGAUAGAUUCUCUGACAUUUAUGCCUUGUGCGUUGCAUAUCCAGAACCUUUGGGUGAAAGACUAUACACAGAGACCAAGGUUUUUCUUGAGAAUCAUGUUAGACAGUUGUACAAGAAAGUUCUGGAGUCAGAGGAGAAGGUCUUAGUGAUGUACCACAGAUACUGGGAGGAGUACAGCAAAGGGGCUGACUACAUGGACUGCUUGUACAGGUAUCUCAACACACAGUUCAUCAAGAAGAACAAACUAACAGAAGCAGAUCUGCAGUAUGGCUAUGGGGGAGUGGACAUGAAUGAGCCGCUCAUGGAGAUUGGAGAGUUGGCGCUAGAUAUGUGGAGGAAACUGAUGAUUGAACCCCUUCAGGCUGUCCUGAUCAGGAUGUUGCUGAAUGAGAUUGAAAACGAUCGUUGUGGCGAGAACCCCAACCAGAAGGUAAUCCAUGGGGUCAUCAACUCCUUUGUUCAUGUUGAACAGUACAAGAAGAAGUUUCCACUAAAGUUUUACCAGGAAAUGUUUGAAGGGCCUUUUCUGAUAAAAACAGGAGAGUAUUACAAACAGGAAGCCUCCAAUCUACUGCAGGAAUCCAACUGCUCACAGUAUAUGGAGAAGGUUUUGGCGAGGUUGAAAGAUGAAGAGGUGCGAUGUCGGAAGUACUUGCACCCCAGCUCGUAUGCCAAAGUCAUUCACGAAUGCCAACAGAGGAUGGUGGCAGAUCACUUGCAGUUCCUGCACGGAGAGUGCCAGAACAUUAUACGGCAGGAGAAGAGAGACGACAUGGCCAACAUGUACACCUUGUUGCGGGCCGUGUCGAACGGGUUGCCUCACAUGAUUCAGGAGCUACAGGUCCAUAUCCACAACGAGGGCAUCAGAGGCACCAGUAACCUCUCUCAGGAAAAUAUGCCAACCCUGUUUGUGGAGUCGGUUCUUGAGGUUCACAGUAAAUUCGUUCAACUCAUUAACACAGUUCUAAAUGGAGAUCAGCACUUCAUGAGUGCACUUGAUAAGGCUUUAACAUCUGUGGUUAACUUCAGGGAACCUAAGUCCAUCUGCAAAGCCCCUGAACUUCUUGCGAAAUACUGCGACAAUCUGCUGAAAAAAUCUGCAAAGGGAAUGACAGAAAAUGAGGUGGAGGAUAAGCUCACCAGCUUCAUCACAGUGUUCAAGUACAUAGACGAUAAGGACAUCUUUCAGAAGUUUUAUGCCAGAAUGCUAGCAAAGCGGUUAAUACACGGUUUAUCAUUGUCAAUGGAUUCAGAAGAGGCCAUGAUCAACAAACUAAAGCAAGCUUGUGGCUAUGAGUUCACCAGCAAACUUCAUAGAAUGUACACAGACAUGAGUGUGAGUGCUGACCUCAACAACAAGUUCAACAAUUUUAUCAAGACACAGGAGACCGUGGUGGACCUAGGAAUCAGCUUCCAGAUCUAUGUAUUACAGGCAGGAGCCUGGCCUCUCACACAUGUCCCCACAUCCACUUUUGCCAUCCCUCAAGAACUAGAGAAAAGCGUGCAGAUGUUUGAGUUGUUCUAUAAUCAGCACUUCAGUGGGAGGAAAUUGACUUGGCUGCACUAUCUCUGCACAGGUGAGGUCAAGAUGAACUACUUGUCCAAGCCCUAUGUAGCCAUGGUGACCACAUACCAAAUGGCAGUACUCCUGGCCUUCAACAACAGUCAGACGGUGACCUACAAGGAGCUGCAGGAUGGCACUCAGAUGAAUGAGAAGGAGCUUCAGAAGACCAUCAAGUCUUUGCUGGACGUUAAGAUGCUGAACCAUGAUUCAGAAAAGGAGGAGAUCGAAACGGAGUCAACAUUUUCACUAAAUAUGAGUUUCACCAGUAAAAGAACAAAGUUCAAGAUCACAACAUCAAUGCAAAAAGACACACCACAGGAGAUGGAACAGACAAGGAGUGCUGUGGAUGAGGAUCGCAAAAUGUAUUUACAAGCUGCUAUCGUGAGAAUCAUGAAGGCUCGCAAAGUCCUGCGACACAAUGCCCUUAUCCAGGAGGUCAUCAAUCAGUCCAAAGCCAGGUUCAACCCUAGUAUCAGCAUGAUCAAGAAGUGCAUUGAGGUGCUCAUUGACAAGCAGUACAUUGAACGAAGCCAAACCUCCGCAGACGAAUACAGUUACGUUGCAUAAGCCGAAGAGCUGAGAACGGAAGUACCUCCAGUAAAGACACUCGCCUAUGUGACUGGCUUGCGGACAUAGGUUAAAAAACUAUAAACAGACCACAGAACAGACUCAUUCAUUUAUUUUAGAUUUUGGACUAUUGGUGUCUGCUGUGAUCCUGUGUGGUGACAAAAGGACUGAUGCCUCCAUCCACAAAAAAAGAGAAAUGUCAUCAUGUCAUGUCAGAUAGCCAGCUGACACCGCUACCCAUAAAGCCCUCCUUCAAACUCCUCACACUCUGAUUUUAAGCUGUUUACAACAUCACCAGUGCCACGCACCUGUGCGUUAAAUGACAAAUGAAAAUGCCUAUAGCUGUUGAAAAAGAAAGAGCUAUUCAGCAAACUUAUUGAGAGAGAAGUUAAAGAAAUACGCCGGAGACAGAGUUAAUUGUAACAUCAAUGCAUUGGUCAUCGCAUUGGUGGCUACACAUUAAGAAAAAAAAACAUGCUUUCUUUUCUCACGUUUGCAGUUGUUGUGUGUUAUUUUCUUUCUUUGUUAAAUGUACUUAAAUUAGGAAAAAUAUUGUAAUAAAACUGGUAUACUGACUAUUGUAUCUACUUUCAAAUGUAAAGACAAAAUGAGGUGACAAACAUGAUCUUGCUGCUUGUCAAAUAAAUAAAUAAAACACUGAAGGCUUUUAUGUAAA